AACCCUUGGAAGAGCAACCAGUGCUCUUAACCACUGAGCCAUCUCUCCAGCACACCCCCCUUUUAUUGUUUUUUAUUGUUUUAUUUGUUUAUUUAUUCUUAUUUAUUGGUUUUUCAAGACAGGAUUUCUUUAUGCAACAAUCCUGUCUGUCCUGGAACUCGUUUUGUAGACCAGCCUGGCCUCGAACUCAGAGAGCCACCUGCCUCUGCCUCUGCCUCCUGAGUGUUGGAAUUAAAUGUGUGCAUCACCACCGCCCAGCUUCCUCUUUGUCUCUUAUCACAGUUGGACCCUAACAAAACUAAUUUCAGAGCAGGCAAGAAGGCUCAGCAGGUAAAGAGGCUUUCUGGGUCACAUGUGUUUGAUACCUGGGACCCGUGUGGAAGGAGAGAACUGACUCCCACAAAUUGUCUUGCUCUCCACAUACUUGCAGAUAUCUCCCAUAACUAAAUGCAUAUGUAAUUUUAAAAGAUUAAAACCUGAUUUCAGGGGACUGGAGAGAUGGCUUAGCCUGUCAGAGCCCAGCACUGAGGUAGUGGCUCACAGAUUUCUCCAACGCAGCUCCAGGAAAUUCAACAGUCUCCUCUGGCUUUCACAGACGCUGCACUUAAUAUAUACAACCAUCCCCAUCAAAUUAUAUAUAAAUACAUAUAGACAUAAUUUAAAGAAAUAUUCAAAAGGCUAGACCUGGUGGCACACACCUUUAAUCCCAGCACUCAGAAGGCAGAGGCAGGUAGAGCUCUGUGAGUUCAAGGCCAGCCUGGUCUACAUAGUGAGUUCCAGGCCAACCAGCCUGUCAUUUCAUCAGGGGAAGGAGAUGGCACCCCAUGCUGAGGGAGCAGAGCCCUGAGUGUCAGGACAGCCCGCUGAAUGCAGGACGGUGACUGAGCCACCUGGCAUGGCCACAGCCUAGGAAGGCCAGGAGUAGAACUUGUGUUCUCUUCUAAGAGCAGUGGGGAGUCAGAAGGUUUGGAGAGCGGAACAAGUGCUGUGAGCAGAGACUCGGGAAGCAUGGGUGACGCCGUUGCCUUUGCUUCUCUUCUUUCCCACCAGUCCCUUGCGGAAUCCAUGGGACCCCUCAACCCUCACACCCCAUCUCUCUUUGAUUUACCUCUUCUCUCUUCCCUUUUGUAGGCUUAUCCAGUGAGCUCUAGAAGCCAAGGGCUCUACACUCAGGCGUCCAGUUAAACCAUGGCCCCUGGCUCCCGAGGCUCUGCAUGUCACCUCCUUCUGCUCUCCCUGUUGCCGUGCCUGGGGGCUGGCCCUGCCUUGGCCAGAGGCCUUCCCAGGCCACUUGACAACUCAGCACCCCACUUGAUCCCAUCGGAGCCACAGACCUUUGACCUCUUCUGGGAGAAGCUGAGAAAUGAGAGUUCCUGGCACAGUGGUAUCCCCCAGGCCCCUGCUGAUGGCCCCGAGAGGCCUGCAGACUCUCCCCUAGGACCAGCCCUGCGUGGACCCAAAGGAGCCCCUGAGGGCCAGGGUGAAAGACUCCUAAUAACUGAUGAUCUCCAGCUGGUCCGGGGGCUUACCUCCCAAGGCUGGACAGGACCUCCUGACUCACAGGAGCUUCUGGAGCCAGAAGCACCUGCCCCCCACCCAGCGGGAGCACCCCAUCUCACUUUCAUUGCUACAAGUCCCAGCCCUCAACUCAGGAGAGCCACACUUUCCACUGCCCCGCAGAAGCCUGGAGGCCCAGCAGGACAGCAGCCAGCUAGGAAUGAGGAUCUAAUGGCCCAAACCAAGACCCCCUUCCCACAGGCUUUCCCCUGGGACUACCAGGACUCUCCCCACACUCCGGUACCUGAGACAGAUGUUAGGAGGAGGAUAGUGCUGGGGAAGCAGGGUGGGCAUGAAGAGAACCUCCAGGAGGCUGUCCAGGGCCCCCUACUCACCCAGCAGGAUCCAGUAGCCUCUGAGGUUGGCUUACCAUCCCCAGUUGAGGUAGCAUCCACUCAAGAGCCUGGAGCCCAGGGAGACCUGGCAUUGACCAGAAGCCUUCCUCUUCCUGAGGAGCUGCCAGCUGAGCCCCCCAAAAAAGGAGCUGGGGAUACCUGGGAAGUCAGCUCUCUGGGACCCCAACCUGAGCAGACUGACCUCGUUGGUGGACAAGACUCCUCAGCACCCCAGUCCAUACCACCUUCAACCUCAGACGCUUCUGAUGAGCAGCUAAGAGCAGCCAUAGCCUCGAUGAACGGGGCAGAUCCCAUCUCCCCACAGCGAGUGAGAGGAGCCAUGGAGGCUCCAGGAAUCCCCAAGUCCUUCAUCCCUGAUCUCCCGAACUCUGCUCAAGCUGCAAAUGGAACGGAGAGCCCCGCGAGGGCCCUGCAGCCAGAUGAAGCCGAGGAAUGGCCGGGUCGCCCACAAAGCCACCCUCCAGCACCCCCUGUCCAGGCCCCCUCGACAUCUCGGCGAGGCCUUGUUAGAGUCACCACACAGAGAGCUCUGGGCCAACCACCCCCUCCGGAGCCCUCAGCCAGCUCCAUGGCUCCAGCCCCAGCUUCUAGCCCCCCAGCCAAUGCCACUGCACCUCCCCUGCGUUGGGGACCCCUGCGGCGGGUGCUGAGUUUUUCCUGGGAGCUUCAUGUCUAUGGGGUGGGGGUGCUUUUCCUGCUUCCAGCAUUGUUGGCCUUGGUCACACUGGCAGCCGCUCUAGCGGGACCCCGAUUGGCACUAGUGGCUGCCGUGCUGGUGUUGGUGGCUUCAGGGCUGCGAUCUACCUACAUGCUCACCGAUCCUUACGGCUCUCAGGCACGGCUGGGAGUACGUGCCGGCCUGGUGCUAUACAACCUGCCCUUCCCCUUGCUACUCACUGCACUGGCAGCGCUCACCCUGCUAGGCCUGGGUGCUGGGCUGCCGCAGCCUCUACAGAAGCCGCUUCUGCUGGGAGCCGUGGCACCGGUGCAUGCCGCAGGUUUGCUGGCCACAGACCUGUUCUCUACCAGGCCUGUGCUCAACCUCCUGAUGCAAGGCUUAUCUUGUGCCUGGGGCGCGUCUGUCGCUCUGGGCACACUCUGCCUGUGCCGUCGCCGUCUGCUAGAAGGCCCCCGGGGCUGGGAUGCCAGUCCAGGCCCACGGCUGCUGGCUGUGGCGGGCUCGCUGGGGCUGCUGGCCAGUGGUCUGCAGUUAGCAGCCUCUCUCUGGCUGUACCCAGGGCCUGGCCGGGAGGGUCGCUUCUCCUGGGCCUGGUGGGGUGUGCACUUCUGGUUACGCCUACUGGAGCUGACCUGGGCCCUAGCCCUGGCUCUGGCCGCCCUGGCCGCCACGCGUCCCAGGCCGCCCACGGAGCACGCUUGCUGGGCUAAGCUGCUACGCCUGGCCUGUCCCGCGCCCACAGGCAAGAGCGAGGUGCCAGAGAGACCAAAUAAUUGCUAUGCGGGUCCCAGUGGCCUGGCCACAGGUGGCCUGGACAUCAGCAAAAGCCUCAUUCGCAACGCUGCGGAAGGUGGACUGCCCGUCACGCCUGGUUCCGGACCCUGGGGUUCGGCAGCAUCGCUGGGUCGCGGUCGCCUGAAUGGCCCCGGGGUGUCCCACAGCAGUGUGGGGCCUGCACCGUCGCUGAGCGAGUUGGAUCUGCGGCCACCCUCGCCCAUUAAUUUGAGCCGCAGCAUCGACGCCGCGCUCUUCCGGGAGCACCUGGUCCGAGACAGCGUGUUCCACCGCUGUGGCCUCCGUGGCCUGGCCUCGCCGCCAUCAGGGGGUGCCUUGCGACCCCGCCGCGGCAGCCAGCCUGACGCUGAGCUCGACGGCGCGGGCGCCUCCCUGCUCCGAGGCCGCUGCCGCUCGCUCAGUGAGGUGUGCUUGCGCAAGUCGCUCCCGCAGCAUGUGGUGGACCCGCCCGGCAGCGCGGCGGCCGCGGGGACUUCGGGCAGCUCCCUGGACAGCUUCUCCAAGGGCUCGCUCAAGAUCAGCUGGAACCCGUGGCGUUACGGGCUGUCAUCAGUGGACAGCCUGCCCCUCGAUGAGCUGCCCAGCACGGUGCAGCUGCUGCCAGCUCCUACCCCAGCCCCCACUCCUGCCCGGGCCGGGGAGCCCCAGAGUGAGGGCCAACAGCGUUGCAAGACCAGCGAAUCUCGCAGCGCCUCCAGUGACACCAUAGAGCUCUGACUGCCAGGGAGGACCUGGACCCUCCCCUCAAUGUCCACAUGAAGUCGCCGAGCCAAGACAGUGGAGCAUUUGAAAAACUGGCCUUCUGGGACCUCCACCUGACUGCAGCUCCUGGAGACAGAAAGGCUUGAAUUCACCAGACUCGGGGUUUUUUGUUGUUGCUUUUUUAAUAUUUCUAUUCUUUUUUUUUUCAGCAGAUAUUUUGCACAGAGGCCGUGAGUUACACGGAAUACAGGGUGGACGUGCAUGGUUUGAUCAUGGGGAAUAGGGACCAGGUACUCCUGAUUCCCCAGUGUGGAGAGAGGGAUGCACCUCACUUGUCCAGACUGACCGUCCUCUUUGUGCCAAAGAAAUAAACCCUUCCGAUUAGGCUCAUGCCUCCCCCUGGUCAAGUCAGGAUCCUACACCCUUAUGGAAGAGACAGGAAGCCCUGACCCACAGGAACCAAGAGCCUUCCUAAGGAAGGUUGCCUCUGGCUCUGGCAGGCACAACCUCCACUGCCUCACUAAAAUCUGUCUACUGUGCAGCCCCACCUCCUGUAAUCCGCACUUUAGGAGAAAGCCAAGUUUGGAGGUAUCCUGCAUUACUUGGAUCCUGCACUGACAGCUGGUAUUCAAUCCAGAAAGACCAAUUCCUAAGAUGGUUCCUCUCUUAUCUCUCUUCUUCCUCUCUCCACUUCUUUUGGUUUUUUAAUUUUAAAAAGUUCUGUAGAUUUAUUUCAUGUGUAUGAAUGUUUUGCCUGCGUGCAUAUGUGUAUUGUGUACACAUAUGUGUACCAUAUGUACCCAAGAAAGUCAGAAGACCGAGUCUGAUCCCUUGGAACUGGAGGAUGGACGGUUGUGAGCCACCACACGGGU